CGAAGGCGGUGGAGGUGACGACUUCGGCAUUGGAGCACGUGGUGACUUCAACGACGUGAGCAUGGCGGAUGACUUCGAGAGCGACGGCGAGGACGAGAUCCCAGCACGGAGGGUCAAGGUCUAGAAUCUUGUUACUGCUGUUUGCUGCUCGAGCAGUCUUGAGCCGAUGCUCAAAUUCAUGGUUUGGAAGGUUGAGCGACUGCAGACUGAGCUGACGCCUCAUCAGAUGUGUCGUUGUUUGACAGGGUUCUAUGGUCUUGGCGCUACUUGAUGAUGUUUGUGAUUGCUGUAUGGAUGCCCAAUUCCGAUUCUCAAUGCACGCUCUUUCAUCCCGAGUUCCAGGUUGUCUACUGCCGUGCCGAGAGAGGGAGGCGUUUGCGCCGAAAGCUUGAUGAGGAUUUCCGACUAGCAGUAGUCCGCGUCGACUUCAUGGACCAGGUCUUGAUGUAUGAGGUUGAUGCGAGUCAUUGAGCGCUUGCUUCUACAUGGUCUAUGAGGCUGUGCGUUCGACAGGGUCUUGGCGUAAUGGGGAACUGGUUACCAAGGGCUUCCUUUGAUGAAUUCAGUUCUUGGGUGGCAGCCUGGACUCGCCAUUGAGAUCGCCUAUCUGUGCAGAUCUAGUGGUGGCUACCGAACGUUUGGUCGUCGGAAUUCCUGUACGAGCGCGAGGCGUGGUCAUGGGCAUGCUGCUAGGAUCUAGCUACUUACUGUAUAUAUAGCCGUGGCUGCAUUGAUCAUGCUCGCUUUUG